UUAUAUUCGACAUGCGCGUACCAUUAUAUAUAUGUAUCUACAGUGGAAUGUCUAUUGUCUUGAGAGCAAUAUGGCUCCAUAUUUAGAUCAGCGAACUAUCUCAGGGAGAAAACCUUACUAUUUGUACCCCCGCAGGUACUGUCCAUCGUGUGUCGAAUAUGUGAAGUUGCUACCUUUUGCCCAUGCCAUACAAGCUACAAUCAUGAGCCAAUCACUAGACCUCAACCAUACAUUGGGGUAUAGUUAAUUCAAAGAGGGUGCAUAAAUUUGCAAACACGAGAAAUCAGUCCCGCUCCCACUAUGACCCGAUUUGUUAGCGGGAUAUUCGACCCCAGUAUUGCCAAAUCAAGCCCUUCGUUAAUCUCGAAUUGAGUUCUAUGGACAAAUACGGAUAUUUUCAAUCCGAAUAAAAUCUCGCAAGAAAGGCAUAGAGCCAUGAAUUAUCUCGGCUUGCCGGGAUCAGAAUUGGGCACAUCUGCAUACAUAACGUGAGAGUUGUCAAUAUCAGCUCGCCUUAUUACUUAGAUACCGAUCAUACGUUUGUGGGAUGUGUCAGUCUGGCAUAGGCGUGGUUGUCAAUUCUCAGAUUGAUCAUUUCAGCGCAGGAUGGCUGUAUAUAAUCAUCCUCUAGCAUCAAUUCUCACUUGAAACCUCAUUUUCUCUGCCUACAGUUACCAAACACGUCAGAUAAUUAUCCUCCAACCUGAAAAUCCGAUGAGUGAAAUAGUCUAGGCACAUUCUUAUUCGUUCUUGAUCUACCCUCACCGCAGAGAACAUUGGAAAGCUGAUAAAGCCGAAAUAUACGCCGGAUUCAUACACCGUUGCGAUCAUCUGCCCGAUGGGCAUCGAAAUGGCCGCGGUUGAAGGCAUGCUAGAUGAUACCCACCCGACCAUUGCCAUGGGCCGGGACGAGAGUAUCUAUACGUUUGGAUUUGGAUUGCUAGUGGGAAUUGGUGGCGGCAUCCCUGUUGAUGGAGAACAUGAUAUUCGGCUUGGAGAUGUGGUGGUAGGCAAGCCUACGGAUACGUUUGGUGGAGUGGUCCAGUUUGAUCGAGGCAAGAUCUACAAGGAUGGAAGGUUUGAGAGGACAGGAGCGUUGUCCAAGCCUCCGAAUUUGCUUUUAGGAACUGUGGAAAAGCUGCGGGCAAGACACUAUAGACAAGGAAGUGAACAAAUUCCUCAAAAUGACCUAAAAAGCUCCAAGGAUUUGCUAUUCGAAGCAACAUAUUUCCACCCCGAGAAAAUGAGCACAUGCCGGGCUUGCGAUCCAAGUAGGCUUGUUAACCGCGAGGAACGAUAUGAAGACUCCCCUGAAGUCCACUAUGGUACCAUCGGAUCUUCCAAUAUGGUUAUCAAGGACAUCAUCACUUGA